AUGAGCUCUCACUGUCUUUUAAUCCUUAGCUUAAUCCUCAGUGUCCAAAACUCUUCAUGCAAUGAGGGUUCUCUUGCGACAACAGUUAGGAGAACAAAUGAGUGGCAAGCCAGCUCCAAUGUGGAAAACUUCAAACCGCAGAGGAACGAAACCAAGAAUGCCGAAACGACGAACCUACGAUCAUGGGAUGGUCAAAUAGCUUUGCAUCGCAGGCGCCAUCUUAGGGAUAUGUUUGCUCUCUGCUUGCAACCGAAGAGAGAAAAUGAAUGCAGCAGGUGGUGGAAGAUAUACCAUAAAAUUCUAGGAUAUGGGUUGAUUUGCAUGAUUGUAGCCAACAUAUUUCAAGGGAUUGAUCAUCAUCAAGGGCAUGCAGAAAAAUGGAAAUGGACUUAUGUAGGAAUACUUUCGGUUUUAGCUUUUAGUGCUUUGGUGUUGGAAAUUUUUAGAUUUGUCAAGCCUAGACUUCAUCAGCAGAUGGCAUUUGACAUCAAUCCCAAUAUUUCCACAUGA